AUUCAACUAAGUCGCCGUAUGAUCGUGAAACGUGUAACAUCGUCAGUGUUUAUUUUAAUCAUCGUUGGUUCGUGAUUCGCGAUGAUUUAUAUAUUUCGAUUAUUUUAUAAUUGUCAAUUUUUAUAAUUUAAUAAAUUUUAGUAGAAUCCAGUUGAUCUGGGUUAAAAUGUGUUGGUUCAAGAAUUUUAUAAUUUUUAUUAUUUUUAUUUUAUUAGGAAUAUCAAAAUCUCAAAUAAAGGAUGGUGAUUAUCAUGAAUGUCUACGAUCGUGUCUUAAUAAUGCACUUUCAAAAAAAUUAUGCCGUUAUGAAUUCUACGUUGGAGAAUUGCCUAAUACGAUAAGCAUUCAUAAUAAUUCUGAAAGUAAAAAUGAAUCAAUGAAUUACAAUAAAAUAAUAUCAUCGAAAAUGUUCUUAGGAAUUAAUGGAAAAAGUCCAGGACCUCAAAUAGAAAUAUGUGUCGGAGACACAAUAGAAAUUCUUUUAUAUAACAGAUUAGGAUCUGAAGAAUUAUCUUUCCAUUGGCAUGGAUUACGGCAAAAAAAUUUUGCUUAUAUGGAUGGUGUUCCAAUGGUUACACAAUGUUCUAUAUUACCAUUUGGAGGUUUUCGAUAUAAAUUAAAACCAGAAAAUGUUGGUACAUAUAUUUAUUAUGCCCAUAUAGUUUCACAGCAGGGCGACGGUAUAUACGGGUCGUUGACAGUUCGAGGACCACAAGAUGACCCUAGCUUGGAAAGGAUACUUCUCUUGUCAUCAAGGCCGCCAACUCCACUGUCGCGGUACUCGCAUCUACAUCCACCUACGCCCAGUGAACUCCUCUUAAAUGGCCAGAAUAACGGAUUUAUCUUCGAAGUCCAGUAUGGAAGAAAAUAUUUAUUGCGACUUAUUAACGCGCAUGCAUACAAUUGCCCUGUACUAUUAUCCAUUUCUGACCACAAUUUUCACGUGUUGGCUACUGAUGGCAACCCGGUUGAACCAACGAUUGGUAGACACAUCGUUUCCUUUCCAGGUGAGAGAUUUGACGUAACUAUCGAAACAAAUCAACCUCCUGGAAAGUAUCUUGUCAGCAUAAGGGGAUUUUUGGAUUGUCGAGAUCUUCGUCAAGAAGCUUUUAUCCUUUAUGAUAACGUAAAACCGGAAUCUGUUGUGAUAAAGGACGAGCAACUAUUAAAAAUCGACGACUAUACAUUUGCGAAUAUGGGCCACGAUUGUCACGAGAUAUCAAGAAAUUUUAUUUGCUCGUUGGAUUUAAAAGGAUUGAAUAAAGUGGACGAAAUUAAUUCGAACGAAAUUAUUUAUAUUCCAUUCGACGUGAAUUCUUUCUCUUAUAUCACGGAUGCAAUGUCCGAUUACAGAUAUAAUUUUUACGGAUGCCCUUUUUAUCCAUCAGACUUGAGUGCGAACGAGGAAGAGGCAAAGGUCGCUCAAAUUAAUCAUAUGUCGUUCAAGUAUCCCACAUCCCCGCUAUUAUCUCAACCGGAAAAUACAGCAGAGGAGUCGGUUUGUUCUCUUGAGAAACGUUCGAAAGAGUGUGCUGACACGCCAUUGUUUUGUGAAUGUGUUCGCAUGAUCGAGGUUUCGCCUAAUAAAAAUGUCGAUAUUGUUUUAAUUGAUCAGGGUUUCGGUGGAAAUGUUUCUUACACGUUCCAUAUACAUGGUUAUAACGCAAGCAUCUUGGGAAGAGAAAGCUUUGGAAGAGCGAUCACAAAAGAGGAAGUGAUGCUUUUGGAUCGCAACGAACAGUUGCAUCGUAAUUUUUUAAAUCCGCCUCGAAAAGACAGUUUUGUCGUGCCAAAUAAAGGAUACCUUAUUCUCCGCCUUUUUACCGACAAUUUAGGAUAUUGGUUGUGGGAAGCACGAAGCACAGCAUUGACUCCUGGAAUAUCUGGACCUGUUAUGCAAUUCUUAUUAAAGGUAGGAAAACGUGAAAGCUUUUUACCUGUUCCUCUAGACUUUCCCACCUGUGGAAGCAAUAAACAUCCGGAUAUGGUAUUCGAGACAAAUUAAUUUAUCGCAUAAAUUGUAAUUUAUUUUCAUAUUAUUUUCAUAUUAUUUAUUUAUUUAAUAAAUUAGCUAAUUACUUACGCUUGAUUUAUCGUCGAGCAACGUAAAUUAUUUACUCGUUUGAUAAAAUAAUUAUUUAAAUUAUUAUGAUCAUUUAAAAAAUCCAACAAAUAAAUCUUUUGUGAAAUUAAAAAAAAAAAAUAUAAUGGAAAAUUAUCGAAAGUUAAACAAAAUUUUUAAACAUUAUUAAGAAUGUUAAAACAAAAACAAUUUGUUAAUUAUAUAUCGUGAAGAUUAAUAAGAAAUAAAUGGAUUGUACUUUACAUUUUAAAAUUAUUGUACUUUUAUUUGCUCGUGUAUUAUAUAUAUAUAUAUUAUGUAUUAUAGUAUAAUAAGUAUAUAUCUAAUUUUUUGGGAAAAAUAAAUAAUCGUUCGAAAUUUGUACUGGUGGUUUCCAAUUAUCGCAUUUCGGGAAAUUCUUUGGAGUCGGUGGAAGAUCAUUUUUGUCUCCUACAAGAAUGACCAGUUCCAUACCAGUGAUAUGAUGCCAACUGAAGUGACAAUGAAGUAACCACCAUCCUACGAUAAAAACGUUAUACUAUAUUCUUGUUCAGAAAUAUAUUACGAUAAAAUUUAAAAUUGUAAUAUAAUCAAAAAAAAGAAAAAAAAAUGAUUUUUAUUCAUAUUACUCGAAUUUAUCAUAUUUAUUUCUGAGUGGAAUUUGAAUAUUUUUACCUGGAUUAUCCGCUUUGAAACGUACAAUUACAUAACCUCCCAUCGGAAUUUUCGCGGUAUCUUUACCGGGUGGAUUUUUAUACUCUCCUCUUCGAAGACGGUCCGUGUGCUCCUGUAUCACUUCAUUUAUGUCUUCUCUCGAAAUAUUUCUAAUGGGCCAAAAUUGUCCCAUGCUAAAUACUUGGAAUGCAUAUCCGUGCAAAUGGAAUGGAUGAUCCAAAUCCUGCACCGGUACUGUAAAUUCGUUAAUUUAUUUAAAACAAAAGAAAAAGUUUUUUUAAUAAACAAUUUUCUAAUUUUACAUUUUAUUAUUUUCACAAGAUUCAGCACAGAUUCGUAUCAUAAGCAUAGAAACAUACUUGCGUCGUACAUUACUAACUCCACAACGUUAUUCAAUUUUGUUUUGAUAAUUUGCGCACAUGUACAAGGUUCGGUGCAAGUGCUCAGUUGAUUUUUUUUGCAUAUUGCUUGGUAAGAGCUACUUUGUGUAAGUAAAUUUGACGCUGGACUCUCAAACGCGAUAUCGUUGAAUAUAGAAAGAAGUUGAGAACGAUCGUUUACGC